AUGAUAGAACCCGUAGUUCCCUUGGGACCAUUCAAGCAUGGUAUGGCUUGGGUAGCCUACCGCUUUACGUCUACUGUUCUCGAUGACAUCUGGCCGGGCGUGGUCUUCUUCACUGGCGUCGCCGUCAUGGUGGCGUGUGUGAGUGAGUUUACAAGCGUCAAUCUUGGGAUCAACAGCGUCAUGUUGACUGUGCUCGGUACAAUCGUCUCCUUGGUUGUCUCAUUCAAAACAAACAACUCUUACUCACGUUGGUGGGACGGACGUAACGGCUGGUCGAACCUUACAACUCAUUGUCGGCAACUAGCUACGCUCAUUUGGAUACAUAUUCCCAACGCCCCAGCUCCCAAACCAGAUGCACCCAAACCCGAACCUGCCCAGCCUCCUCAAACGCCUGAUGCCGCUUCCAAGUCCGGCAAAUCACCAUUCACUCCCAACUCCACCGCCCAAACCCUUUCACCUUCGAGCGUGGCUCAGGAAAGCGAAGAGGAUGUGUCGACAGGUUAUCAUGUGCACGGCUGGAGGACGCCGGCGCAAGAGGCAGAGGCAAAGAAGAGGUUUGAGGACGAUAUGGCUGCUAGGAAUGACCAGCAAGCGCGGGAGGAUAUGCGAGGGAUGAUUGAGAAGAAGACGUAUAUCGGUUUGGCACGUCUGUCACAUAUUCAAGCUUUCGCUGUCUCAAUGAAGCACGCUCUCAGAGGCGAGCGAGGCCCUUUCUACUCCGACCUCUACUCUCUCAUCGCCUUCCUCCCGAAAUACAACCCUGCCUCCCAUCCGCCCAUCACCCGCGACCACUUGCUCGCUCUCUGGCAAAACGGUAUCCCACGCCAAAAAUCAUCCCGCGCAACCGACGACAUUGCCGUACCCCUCACCGUCCCCAUCGCCUUCACCUCCGACGCGCUCAACCAGCCCAACUUGCCAAACCCUUUUGACGACGAAGAGAAACGCAUAGGAGAGCAGGUGUAUGGACCGGCGCCGGAUGACUAUAAGGAGCAGGCUGUGAGGAAUGCGAGCGAGUAUGUGGGGACGGAUGAUCCGGAGGUAUUUGUGGUGACUUCGAAGCGGGAUGGGCGAAAGUCUAUUACCCAGAGACGGAGUAUCCAAGUCCAGGGCCGUACGGGACAAGGCGGGGAACAAGUCACGCUCGAGACGAUCGAGCUCAUGCCCCCUCGUCAUCCACCACCUCCUAGGAUCUGGGAUUUCCUUCCUCCUCUCCGUAUCUUCAAGAGCAUUUACGACAUGCUCAAUUGGAAAAAGAAGAAGGAGAUCUCGGAACGGGCGAAAGGUGGGAAGAGGAGAAGGUCGGCGAUGGGGACGGAUAUGCAGAUCCCUCAGGAGAUCCUGAUGUACUUGUCAAUGUACACUGCCGACCUUACUCGCCGAGGUCUCAUGCCUGGUCCUCUCACCACCGCUUUCGCCAACGCUAUCCUCGAGCUUCAACGUGCCAUCUCCGACAUGGAAAAGAUCGCUACCACCCCCAUUCCCUCCGCCUACACAUUCCACCUCCACCUCACCGUCUACGCGUACCUCUUCUUCAUCCCGUUCCAGGUUUACACCUAUAUCGGCUGGGUGGUGAUUCCCGCGACGGCAGUGGCGUCUAUCAUUUAUCUGGGUUUCUUGGAGAUUGGGAUGCAGAUUGAGAUGCCGUUCAAUUAUGAUCAGAGUGAUCUUGAUUUGGACCAGUUUUGUUUGAGGAUUGCGCAUCAGAUUGCGCAACUUACUGCCUUCCCGACGAAUAUUCCAUCCCAGCACGUCAUCUUGUCUCAUCUCAACCAACCGUUCCUCCCCACCCUUCGAGCUUCUGCCCCAGACAUCCUCGGCGUACCCGAACGUCAGCCCAUGCCAAACCCCCGUGGCUUUGCCUCCUCCUUCUCCACAUAUGACAAGCCUCCCCCGUCUUCCCCUUCUUCCUCCUCUACCGAGGCUCAACAGAGGAAGCCGGAAGUCAAGCAGAUGCAGAAGAGUAUGAGGGAUGUAGAGUUGGUGUUGAACGCGAACUGGAAAGAUGUGACGAGCGAUGCGAGGAACGUUAUUGGGAAACCGAGGGAUCAGUUGGAGAAUCGGACGGGGUUGGAGGUUGCGGUGCUCAUGCUUUGA